AUGAGUGCAACACUUCAACCAUAUUUGGAGGCAGUGCGUCACACCCUCCAGGCAGCUUUAUGCCUGGAACAAUUUAGUUCGCAGGUCGUUGAAAGACAUAACAAACCUGAGGUGGAAGUACAAACAUCAAAAGAAUUGUUAAUGACUCCAGUAGUAGUUGCUCGAAACAAACAGGAACGUGUCCUUUGCGAACCAUCCGUCAACUCGGUCAGAAUAUCUAUUGCUAUCAAACAGUCUGAUGAGAUCGAGAAAAUUCUGUGCCACAAAUUCACACGUUUCAUGUGUCAAAGAGCUGACAACUUCUUUGUGCUCCGUCGUAAACCGCUUCCAGGAUAUGAUAUAUCUUUCUUAAUCACUGCCUCUCACACCGAAGCAAUGUUCAAACACAAGCUCGUGGACUUCUUACUUCAUUUCAUGCAGGAAAUUGAUAAGGAAAUUUCUGAGAUGAAAUUGUCUCUCAACGCCCGUGCACGUGUCUCCGCUGAAGAGUUUCUGAAACGUUUCAAUUGA